UCCCCUCCCAGCUCUGCUCGGCUGCGUCGCGCGCUCCCAGCCCAGCCCGCAGAGCCCGCUCCGCGGCCGCCCCGCCGCGCUCUCAGAGGCCGCCAUGGGCACCGCGCGCUGGUUCGCGCUGGGCAGCCUCCUGGCCCUGGCGGGGCUGCUGGAAGGCCGGCUUGUGGGCGAGGAAGAAGCUGGUUUUGGCGAAUGCGACAAAUUUUUCUUUGCCGAGACCCCUCCUGCCGGGCUGGCUGCCGAUUCCCACGUGAAGAUCUGUCAGCGCUUCCAGGGCUCCGAGCGUUUUGCCACCCUAUACAACACCCGCGAUCGCAUCCCAGUGUUCUCAGCAUUCCGUUCCGCGCGUCCCGCGCCUGGCAGCGCGGAGCAGCGCUGGCUGGUGGAGCCGCAGAUCGAUGACCCCCACAGCAGCCUUGAGGAAGUGAUGAAUGAGGCUGAGGCCAUCACCUCUGUGAACAAUCUGGGAAGCAAGCAAGCCUUGAAUACAGAUUACCUUGAUUCUGUUUAUCAAAGAGGACAGCUGUACCCCUUCACUCUCAGCAGUGAUCUCCAGAUGGCCACAUUCACUCUCACAAAUUCAGUUCCCAUGACCCAGUCCUUCCAAGAACGAUGGUACAUGAAUCUCAACAGCCUGGUGGACCAGGCCUUAGUCCCGCACUGUGGCAACGGGGAGGACCUGUAUAUCAUCACAGGUGCAGUGCCCUCAGGCAGCAAAGUUAAAGACAAAGUGACUAUCCCUGAGUUUGUCUGGCUGGCAGCCUGCUGUGCUGCCCCUGGAGGAGGCUGGGCCAUGGGCUUUGUCAAGCAUACCGGGGACAGUGACAUCAUCGAAGAUGUGAUGGUGAAAGACCUCGAGAAACUGCUUCCAUUUAACCCUCAGCUUUUCCAGAACAACUGUGGUGGGACUGAGCAAGACACAGAGAAAAUGAAAAAGAUCCUCGAAAUGGUUAAUCAAGUCCAGGAUGAGGAGCGAAUGGUUCAAUCUCAAGAAAGCUCUAGUCCCCUCCCCAGCACCAAGAGCAAGAGGUCUGCCCUGCUGCCUCCAGAGACACCUGAGGGAAGUCGUAGCUUUUUGGGAAAACUCAUAGGUUUCAUUGCUACCCCAAUCAUAAUGUUUUUCCAAUUAAUUUAUUAUCUUGUGGUGGAAAUCCUGAAGAACACUGUCUAUUUCCUGUGGUGUGUUACCAAGCAGGUGGUUGAUGGCAUAGAAAGUUGCCUUUACAGCCUGGGCUCGGCUAUCAUCUCAUACUUCUUGGCUAUUGGAGAAGAGUUGGUGAGCAUACCCUGGAAGGUGCUCAAGGUCCUGGUCAAGGUCGUAAGAGCCAUUCUUCGGAUCCUUUGUUGUCUGCUGAAGACCGUUUGCCGUGUUCUGAGCAUCCCUCUCCGAGUCCUUGUGGAUGUAGCCACUUUCCCUGUGUACACUGUGGGUGCACUUCCAGUCGUGUGCAAGGACAUUGCCAUGGGAAUUGGUGGCACUAUCGCUCUGCUGUUUGAGACUGCAUUUGGCACUAUGGGUGGCCUAUUUCAGGUUGUUUUUAGUGUUUUCAAGCGGAUUGGCUACAAGGUUACUUUUGACAAUUCUGGGGAGUUAUAGAAUUCAAAAAAUAAAUAGUAUCUAGUCAGAGUGAAUUUGAUCUUUUUUUUUUUAAUAGAGAAAGCUGGAACAUUUUGUUUUUACAAUGGGUUUCUAUCACUGUUAAUUGUCAUUAUAUUUUGGCUCUUGAUGAGGGUGUUCACCUAUUUUUGCAAAGAAAUAUGAUGCAAUUUAGAUGACCCAAGAGAAAUGCUCAGGGUGGGGUUAGGUAUGGGAAUCUGCAGUGUAUCUCUAGAGAUAUGUGAAACUUCCAAGCCAUUAAUAACUUCAGUGAUUCACUAAUACAGAGUAAAACACCUGAAACAUUCCGAUGUGCAUUUAUGAUAAGUAAAAAUUACAGGGGAAAGAAGCAUUAGGAUAACUUUUAACCAAAAGCUUUCUGAGAAAAGGAAGAAGAAACUUUGUUCUUCUCAUUACGCUUUGAGAUUUAAGGCAGAACCGAUCUAAAUAUCCUCAGCCAAUUUCUGAGCCUUUGUUUGUCCUUCUCCCCAACUCAGCUGACCUUGGGAAAGUACAGAGGAUGCUUUUCCAUUGAAAUAGCUUCUUUAGAGAUAUAAAACCUGUGAUGUCUCUUAGCUUUCCAUGGUUCUAAAGAACCUUUAGAGUUUUAUUUUCUUCCAAAGUUGAAGAUUCCAUUUUUAUUUUAGAUAACGAUAAGCAUUUUAUGCCAAUUGUGGCAUAACAAAUUUUGGAUGCAGCCUUGAAUGGAGUAAAUACAGCCCCUCAGGUGUAAAAAAGGGAACACAAGGCUAACAGUGUGCUCUUAAGUGGAUGCUGCAGAACCAAGGAUAUCCUCAGCCAAGCUUGGAUUAAUUUGAUGUACAUUAAAUCGCUGGCUGACAAGACUGAGCUCAAAGGUCUACAUGUUAAAUAAUAUGAAAAUUUAUACUCUGCAACAUACUACAUCUUUUUAAUAUAUCAAUACAAAAAAACUGUUUGACUUCUCUCCUUAAAUAAUUGUUAUGGUAUAUCCAUAUUGAAAUACAAAAAUAAAAGAAUAUUCUGGCCAUCCUGGGGAAAAUUUUAUGUAUGUAAAUACUUAAGAAUCUUUAUCUCUUAGGAAAUUACAUUUUUUAAAGAGAGAGAGAGAGAAGAGAGAGAGAAAAUUUUUUAAUAUUUAUUUUUCAGUUUUCGGUAGACACACAUCUUUAUUUUAUUUUUAUGUGGUGCUGAGGAUGGAACCCAGCACCCCGCGCAUGCCAGGCGAGCACGUUACUGCUUGAGCCACAUCCCCAGCCCCAGGAAAUUAUUUUUAUAGUGUGUUUGAGGCUAGAAAUGCAGGUGAAAUUUGAAAGCCAUUCCCAUUUUUUGAUCAAGCACUUUUCAUUUUAAGUCUUGCACUAAAAAUGGUAACAAUAAGAAUCAGAUUUUGCUUUGCCUUCCACAGCUAGUAUAGUCAUCUGGAUUUUUCUGAGUGUUCUAAAGAGUUUCUGUGACUAGGAAAGGGCCACGGUGGUAAAAUACCGAACUUGGUAUAGCCCAUGAAUCAUCAGAAAGUUAGAUGCAAAAGUUAGGAGUCUAGAAAGGUAACAGAUCUGGAUGAGAAAGAGUGUAGCAAGAGGUACACUUUGUAGAAAAAGAGUUGAGUUGCACCCAGAGUGAAGCAGGGGCCAGCAGGCUGCCAAGCUGAUCAAUUUUUGAUGCAAGGUUAGGAGGGUGAGCACAAGAAUGGUACAUGUUAGGGACAGAUGACACUUGAUUUAUCCAAGAGUCCUAAGCAGUAUUUGCCUACACUUUUCUAUGGGUAAAGAGGAGGGUUAAGAUUUGCCUUAGUACAUCAGGUCAAGAAUCCUGCUGGAUGAAAGAAAGGGAAUCUUAGAAGUGACCAGAGAGACAGAACUCAUGAAGAGCUUGAGGCACAGGGAGGCAACAGGCUUGUCCUCAGUUUUAUGACUAGCUGAGAGCAAAGCAGGAGCCAGUGUUGCCCCAUUACACCUAGGAUGGCAGAUAUGGAAAAGUGUACUGUCACUCAACUAUUUCCUCAAACCAUAAGCAGGAUUUUCUCAUCCACCAAACAGGCUCUAGGCCCUGAAUUUAGCAUGUGCAAUGCUUUCAGAUGCUCAAUAAAUGAAAUAAAUGAAAAUGAUUGUCAUCCAUAUGGGACAUCGUGCUUACUGCAUUUCAUGUAACCUGUUUUCCCUUAUAGUACAUAUUUGCAUACCGGAAGGUCCAAAUUUGGAAACUGAGAAGCAUCUAUGGCAGUUUGAGUCACUUAGCAUCACGCAAAGAAUAGAACAUCCAAACCGCUUCUUGAGAACCAUUUGGAAAUGUCUUCUUUUUUUCCACAGUCAUUUCUUUAUUGUCUAUUUAUUUAGACUUUCAUGACAUUUUUUGAGACCUUAGAAGGAAUAAUGAAAAAAUAUUCAUGAGGUUAGGUGGCUAAGGCCCUUUACUCUGGACCAAUAGUGUUAACUGUACCUCUAGUUCACUGGACCUGGUUGUGUUGGUCUUGAAGCUCCACCAGGUACUAGACUGCUGGCUUGUUCCAAACUUUGGGAACUUUGAGGUAGGAUUUUGGGUUACUGAACUUCUGACUUGAAGAUUCUGCUGUGGCUCUGUUCUGUUCUUAGGCCCUGGGGGAAGUCCACCACUCUUACUCAUUUAUGGAGCCUGAUUUUUUUUUUUUUUUUUGGUCUAUGGAUCAGUCAUGCCUUUGGACUCCUCUUUUCCAUUGUGCUUUUUGAACGUUGGCUUCUCACUCAGCAUCAGUACUUUCAGCAAAUUGUAGAUUAGGGAGUUGGGAGAAGGAGUGAAAGUGAAGCAUUCUUCAUUCUUCAAUCAUUCAUUUGUGUAGCAAACCUGUAUUUAGUUAUCAAGACUGUAGAGAUUCAUAAUGCAUGGGUUACAUCAUUAAGGAGUUCAAAUAUGGUGGGAAGAAUGCAUGCUACAAACCAUAUUUGUGAAACAUCUUGGUAAGUGCUACAUUAAAGCUACUAGCAGCAUGCCCUCUAGAGCACAGGAGGAAAACUAUAAAACCAUGAAAAUUAAGGAGAACUUUUCAGAGAGUAUGAUAGAAGUAACCUGACAUUUUCAAGCUGUGUACAAUGCUGUACAUCUUUCAGAUGCUCAAUAAAGUAACUAUUGGUAACUCA